AUGACGGUCGAAGUCGCCUAUCAAAACCUCUUCCAAACCCUGGAAUCUCGCUUCCAAUCCGUCACCUCCAUCGAUGCCUCGAAAUGGCCCAUCCUAGCCAUGGCAACCCUCGUCGCGGGCCCUGAUCCUGACCAGGCCCACAACCUCUAUCUCUACCUCCUCAACCAACCCGAAUAUAAUAAACCAGGUUCAGAAGCCCGCAAAGUUCUGAUCCGUCGACUGCGCGAAACCCUCUUCAAAGCCAUCCCGCUCGUCGGCGUGUGCAAACCCAUCGAGGCGAUUCUGGCGAUCAGCAACGUCGAGCGGGAGGAGGAUAGGGAAUACACUUUCACCCGUGAAAACUGGCAAUGUGAUGCUGCCAACCAUGGGCGUGCAAUUGAGUGGUUUCAGAAAUUGUACGCGGGGAAUUCAUCGGGCACAUUGGAUCUCUUCCGCUCGCACCGCGACUUCGCCUGGUUAUCCACGGAGAUCACGUACGGGCUGUUCCUGUCUGAUCGGCAGGUGUUAGAUGAUGUUGAUACGCAGCUGGUUGUGUUGCCAGGGAUUAUGAGCCAGAAUUUGAAGACGGAGACGCAUUGGCAUAUUCGAGGGACGAGGAGGUUGGGUGUGCCCAAGGAGGAUGUGCAGGUAAUCUGGGAUUGUGUGCAGCUCGUCGCAGAGUUCUUUGGAAUCAAAUUGAAUCGCGUGCCAACGGUUGAUGCAGUUGAGCCGGAUGUCUAG